AUGGGUCCUCCAGCUCGUUCUUCAGUCACUGCAGGAUCCCCGGCUUCGGCCGAUUCCCGAGAGUCGACUAGGAGCUAUGUGCAGAUGGUGCAGCACUUGAUUGAGCGAUGCCUGCUGCUCAAUUUGAGCCGUGAGGAGUGCGUCGUUGCUCUAGCGAAGCACGCGGGAGUCAAGCCUGCUAUCACUGUCACUGUGUGGAAAGCUUUGGAGAAGGAGAACCAGAGCUACUUCGUCGAGUACUCUAAGCAGCGGAUUCAGCGACGGGCUGAGAGCCAACGGUUGCGUGCGCAGUACGCUAAGGACUUCGGCUUUCUCCUCCCGUGGAAUGCCUUCAUCAUGGCCGUUGAUUACUUCUACCUGCUCUAUCCGACGGCCCACGUCGCCACGCUAUUUUGCGUCGCUUACAUGUUCGCCAACCUUGGCACUCUGAUUCUCGUUCUCUUGUACGGCCAGCACGUUCCCUCUCGCACGCGAAUCGUCCACGGCUUCAUCGCCUUCACUCUCCUCGUCCUCCUCGUCCCCGCGCUCGACGCUCUUUCCGCUCCCGGCGCCAUCGCUCCCAAUGCCUUCCAAAACACGGAUAGCCCUGCCGAGGCCGGUGAAUCCGCCGCGGAUCUCGCCGUGAAACCCGCCGCGUCGCCGCCGCUGGCGCUGGCGCUGACGGUGGCGGCGGUGGCGGCGUCGGGGGCGAUAGACGCGGUGGUGCAGGGCAGUCUGUUCGGCAUGGCGGGCGAGCUGCACGAGCAAUACACGCAAGCCCUAGCCGCUGGAACUAGUGUUUCAGGCCUCGUGGUCUCGGCAGUGCGAAUUUUAACCAAAGCUGUUCUCCCCAACACGCCCACGGGCCUGCGCCUCUCCGCGCACCUCUACUUCCUGCUCGCCGCGCUCAUCCUGCUCGUCUGCCUCCUCGCCUUUCGCCGCCUCCACUCGCUCCCCGUCAUCGCCUUCCUCCAAUCCCAGGUCGCCGCGCUCGCCGAGGCUGAGCGCCGGGCCCGGGACAAGGCUCGGAAGGAGGCUCGGCGAGUCGAGCCUGGCUCGGGCUCUGUUGCAGCCAAGGCAAUCUGCCAUGGUGGGAGUGGUCGGGGGGAGAGAAAAGAGGCGGGGAAAGCACAUGCUGGGGAAGGGCGCGUCGGGGAGAGUGUGGGGGCGGACAGACAAGCGGAGGAAAGGGAAGGAGAAGUGGAGGGAGAAGCGGAGGGGGGGUUGGCGGGCGCGGGUGAGGACGAGUCUCUAGAGCCGCUGGUGAAGCGAGAGGCGACAAUAGAGGAAGAGCAGGUGAUCCGGCAGCUGCUUCUGAUUGAAAACGAGGCGGAGUGGUGGGAGCAGGAGCGCGCCCGGGACGUUGCAGGCGCAGCGGGAGAAGUGGGAGAAGGGGAAGCAGCAAGUGAUGUAGGAGAGGGAGCAGCAGGAGCAGCAGAUACAGUAGGAGAGGCAUGCGCCGAAGCAGAGACAGAAGGGGAAGUUUGUUUCGAAGCAGAGCCAGUGGGUGAUGGUGCUGUGCUGAUGAACGGGUGUGGAGCAAGCAGAAGUGAGAUUGCAGAGGCAGACGGGGAAAGUGAAGGUGGAAUCGUGUUAGGAAACGGAUUGUAUCAAGGCGAUAAGGUUGGGGACGAGAGGCGCAGAGGCAGGUAUUCUCAUGCAACGGGCAAGGCAGGGAGGCGGGUGUGGGAUCAUGUGGUUUCCUGGUGGGAGCACACUUUCCGGUCUGAAGAGGCUAUGCUGGCUGAAGGCAGGGCUUUUUCCCUCCACGUACCCUCUAUAGUCGACUCCGCUCCCUCGAUAUACCGCCAGCAGUGGGAGGUCAUGCAGCAGAUUUGGCCGUACGCGGUUUCGCUCGCGAUAGUGUACAUAAUUACGAUUUCCAUCUUUCCAGGGUUUAUAUCGGAGCUUCAGUCUUCCGCGCUCGGCUCAUGGUACCCCAUCCUCCUUAUAAGCAUCUACAAUGUGUUCGAUUUCUUCGGGAAAAUGGCGCCGGUAGUGUUCCUGGUGUCGGAUCUGAAGGUAUUAGUGGCUCUAGUACUGGCAAGAGGGGGGUUUUACGUACUUAACCCCUUCUGUGUGUGGUGGGGCCCCUUGUGGGCUCGGCAUGAGGUCAUCAUUGCUGCUAUCACGGGGGCGUUUGGAUUUUCUAAUGGGCUGCUAACGAGCCUGCUUAUGAUGGCUGCGCCGAACCAGGUGCCUCGGGACCGAGCCGAAUCGGCUGCUAUGGUGAUGGUGAUUUUCCUGGUGGUGGGGCUGUUCAUUGGGUCUCUGCUCAGCUGGGCACGGCUGGGCUUCUAA